UCCCCCGACUGCGCCGUCAUCCCGGCUAUAAGCGCGCGACCUUUGGGACUCCGCUCGGCUCCGACCCGGCCCCUGUCGCCAUGCAGCCCCCCAGCCUCUUGCUGCUCGCGCUCGGCCUGCUGGCCGCGUCCGCCUCGGCCCUCAUCAGAAUUCCCCUGUAUAAGUUCACGUCCAUCCGCCGGACCAUGACGGAGGCGGGGGGCCCCGUGGAAGGCCUGGUCGCUCAGGGCCCCAUCACCAAGUACUCCCUGCAGUCGUCAGAUGGGACCAAGGGGCCAGUUCCCGAGAUCCUCAAGAACUACAUGGAUGCCCAGUACUACGGGGAGAUUGGCAUCGGGACCCCCCCACAGUGCUUCACAGUCGUCUUUGACACCGGCUCCUCCAACCUGUGGGUCCCCUCCAUCCACUGCAAGCUGCUGGAUAUAGCCUGCUGGGUCCACCACAAGUACAACAGCGGCAAGUCCAGCACCUACGUGAAGAACGGCACGUCCUUUGACAUCCACUACGGCUCUGGCAGCCUCUCUGGGUACCUGAGCCAGGAUACUGUGUCGGUGCCCUGCAAUUCAGGUCCUUCAGCUCCAGGAGGCCUCAAGAUCGAGAGACAGAUCUUUGGGGAGGCCACCAAGCAGCCUGGCAUCACCUUCAUCGCAGCCAGGUUCGACGGCAUCCUGGGCAUGGCCUACCCCCGCAUCUCCGUCAACAACGUGCUGCCUGUCUUUGACAACCUCAUGGAGCAGAAGCUGGUGGACAAGAACGUCUUCUCCUUCUACCUGAACAGAGACCCCAGUGGGCAGCCUGGAGGGGAGCUCAUGUUGGGAGGCAUCGACUCCAAGUACUACAAGGGGUCCCUGUCCUACCUCAACGUCACCCGGAAGGCCUACUGGCAGGUGCACAUGGAUCAGAUAGAGGUGGCCAAUGGGCUGACCUUGUGCAAAAAGGGCUGUGAGGCCAUUGUGGACACGGGCACCUCCCUCCUGGUGGGCCCUGUGGAUGAGGUGAAGGAGCUGCAGAAGGCCAUCGGGGCUGUGCCGCUGAUCCAGGGAGAGUAUAUCAUCCCCUGUGAGAAGGUGGCCAGUCUGCCGAAGGUCUCGCUGCGGCUGGGAGGCAAAGACUACACUCUGUCCCCGGAGAGCUACACACUCAAGGUGUCACAGGGUGGGAAGACAAUCUGCCUGAGCGGCUUCAUGGGCAUGGACAUCCCCCCACCCAGCGGGCCACUCUGGAUCCUGGGUGACGUCUUCAUCGGCUCCUACUACACCGUCUUCGACCGGGACAACAACAGGGUGGGCUUUGCCGAAGCCACCAAGCUCUAGCUCAGCCCCUGCGCGCCAGCAGAGCUAUGGACCAGAGUCCAGUGGCAGGAGGCGGGCCAGUCCCCAGCACCCUGGCCCCUCCCCACUCACACACACACACUCAGCACCGUGCCCGCCUGCGCCGUCUCGCUCUUGCCCUGUGGUUCCCUCCUGGGUUCAGAAACACUGCCCGGCCAUGGAUCCGUCUCGCUCACCUGGAGCACCCAACCUGGGCUUGGUGGCUGCCGGGUGUGUGUGUCCUAGGAGCCCCUCCCCCAGCUCUGGCACCCGUGGCCACCCUGGCAGCACCUGCAAGUCUGAGUCCCCUCCCUGAGGCAGGCUGUCCUCAAGGGUCCUCCUCCAGAAAGCUGCCCCACAGGAGGCCCCUCUGCCCAGCCUGGGGUCACGCCAGCUCUGCUGCCCCUCGCCCCUGAGUGUCCUGGCUACAGAGGCCUGAAGACAAGAGGAGGCACAGAAAGACCAAAGCCAUCCUUGGGGACCUGUGGGGCACCUGGACUCUGUCACCACCUGGGGCAAGGGCCAGGGUGUCUGGGGCCAUGCUGGCCUUCCUUUGGUGACCUCUGCUGCCCUUCUCCUGGUCAGCCGAGAGCCACAGUUGACAUGAAAAUAUAGUUGUUGGGCCUA